AUGAAUAGAAAAUACUUGGCUCGACGACCAUAUUCAUGGUCUGGACAAUCAAGACCUUACAUAUGCGACUUUUGCGAGAGAGGUUUCUCCAACGCACAAGCUUUAGGAGGGCACAUGAACAUCCAUAGAAAAGACAGGGCAAAGCUGCGGGAGGCGAACCUAAAAGAAGAUCGUGAAGACUCCAUAUGCAGCAGUUCAAGAACUCGGUUCCAGCAGCAAGAUUUGAUUGAACUGCCUUUCUUCGUUGAUAAGAUAAGUACAACAAGAAAAGAAGACAAUGAUAAAAGUGGAGACUAUUUGGGAGAUGAAGAAGAGAAGAAAAUUAGGUUAUUUCGAAAAGCUUUGUCCCAACGUGCAGAAGUGAUAGAUCUUGAGCUUCGUCUAGGACUAGAUCCUUAUAAGAAAUCACCAAGUACGUAAUUAUGUGAAAAGUUUAAUCACCAAAUACGUAUAU